AUGAGUUAUCAAACAAGAAGCAUGCAAUACUUGAUGCCUCAUCAUCUCCUCUUCACCUUGUUUCUCUUUGCCAUUUUCUCUGCAAAUCAUGCGUGCAACCAAAUAGAACGCAACUCUCUCUUGUCCUUGCCCUUUAACACUUCUUCUCCACCAUUAAAUUGGUCUUCUGCUGAUUGUUGCUAUUGGGAAGGUAUUUCCUGUGAUGAUAAAGGUCAGGUCACCCAUAUUUGGUUACCCUAUAAAGGCCUUAGAGGGAGUAUGUCUCCCUCUCUUGGAAACCUCACAUAUCUCUCUCACCUUAAUCUCUCCCACAAUUCACUUUUAGGUCAUCUCCCUAAGGGUUUGUUUUUGUCCUUAAAUCAACUCAUGGUCCUUGAUUUGAGCUACAACCAUUUAUUUGGAGAGAUAUCUGGCUGGCCUGCCUCCGUUCAAAUUGUUGACAUAUCUAGCAAUCAGUUCAACGGGACAAUCCAAUCUCUGUUUCUUCAAAGAGCGUGGAGUUUGAUUGAGCUCAAUGUCAGCAACAAUAGUUUCACAGGCUCUAUUCCUUCCUAUCCUUGCAUCAAUUCUUCCUUUAUCAGGCUCCUCGAUUUUUCUCGUAAUCUUCAUGGUGGCCAAAUUCCUAGUGGACUCGGGUCAUGUUCGAAACUAAAGGUUUUGCGGGCAGGUUUUAACUCUCUCUCAGGAUUGCUUCCUCAUGAUAUCUACAAUGCGACAUGGCUUGAAGAAAUCUCCUUACCUUCCAAUGAUCUUUCAGGACCCAUUAGCAGUGACAUUGUAAACCUUACAAGACUCACCAACCUAGAGUUAUUUGAAAAUCAAUUGAGCGGCAAGCUCCCUGCGAAUAUUGGAAAUCUCUCCAAAUUGAAGUACGUAAUCCUUCACACAAACUUCUUAACAAGUUCUCUGCCCCCAUCUUUAAUGAAUUGCACAAAUCUCAUAGAAUUGAUUUUACGGUUCAAUUUGUUUGAAGGAGACAUCACCACCUAUAACUUCUCCUCUCUUCCUCAACUUACUACUAUUGAUCUGGGGUUCAAUACCUUUUUCGGUAACUUUCCAAUAAGCCUUUACUCAUGUAAGUCCCUAAGAGCCAUUCGACUUUCCUACAAUAGACUAGAAGGACAAAUCCAACCAGAGGUGGCUCAAUUGGAAUUCUUGUCUUUCCUUGUACUUAGUUACAAUAGGCUAACCAAUAUUACAGGGGCAAUCAAGAUUCUGAUCCAUUGCAAAACUCUCAGUGUAGUCCUUCUUGGAGGAAAUUUUCUGUACGAGGCAAUACCAACUGAUGAUAGUAUAGUUAGUUCUAAUGGAUUUGAGAAUAUUCGGUUUUUGGGUUUUGGUGAUUGCCAGCUGAUGGGUCAAUUUCCCAUAUGGCUAUCUAAGAUUAAGAAGCUAGAAGUUCUAAAUCUAGUUUCCAAUCGUAUCACAGGUUCAAUUCCUGGUUGGUUGUCAACUCUUCCAAGGCUCUUCGCUUUUGACUUAUCUAAUAAUCUCAUUUCAGGUGAAUUUCCGAAAGAACUUUGUGCAUUGCCAGCAUUAGUGUUAGCAGAGACUCUAGUAGACAAUAACUAUUUGAAUUUACCAGUUUUUUCCGCUAGAGAUGGUACCCUUGGCCAAUAUAAUGUUCUCUCGAACAUGCGACAAACAAUAAAAAUUGCAAACAACAGUCUUAGUGGCAACAUCCCCAUUGAGAUUGGUCAUUUGAAGUUGCUUCGCCAGCUGGAUCUUAGGCAUAACAACUUCUCAGGCAACAUUCCACACCAAAUAUCUGAGCUCGCAAACUUGGAAUUACUGGACCUCUCUACCAAUCGGUUGUCCGGUGAAAUACCGUCAUCACUAAGUAGAUUGCAUUUCUUGUCUCGAUUCAGUGUUGCAAACAACAAUCUUCAUGGGCCAAUACCAUCAAGCACUCAAUUGCAAAGCUUUAAUGCCUCUGCAUAUGAGGGCAACCUUGGACUCUGUGGUCCCCCACUUCCACACGGGUGUACCAAUACUGUUAGUACCAACGAAGACAUUGAGGAGGAGGAGGAAAAUGGGCCUACAAUCCCAUGGUUUCCAAUUAGUGUGGUUCUCGGUUUCAUUGCAGGUUUUUGGGGAGUUUGUGGUCCUUUGCUUUAUAAAUUUAUGUCAAACUAA